AUGAGCAGUCGACGUCAAAAAAGACGGGGGAAAAGAUUCCCUGGUUUUAACCGAUCCGAGCACGAUGAGGCCAGCAAGUCGCGACGAAGACGUAGUACACACGUUGGGAAUGCAAAAAAGUUUCACAUUUGGAAUAAGUGUUUGAAAAACGAUGAUACUUUUGACAUGCGUUUACGGUUUGGCAUCAAAAACCCCGAUGUUCACAAGUAUGAAAAAGAUUCCAGGAUGCAGUUUUCUGACCCUAAUAGUUACUCAAGUACAAAGCCACUUCACCCAGCUGCCUACUUCAUCGUCAGAGGCACUGAAAUCAACUGAGAA